AUGCAGUCUAUCGAUCAGAUCGCUAUGGACGAGAAUGGCUGGAUCGUCACAAAGGCGGCUUACUUCGAGGUCUUAGGAGAGAUUCACGCUGCGCAAGGCGAACCAGAAAGAGCAGAACAAGACUUCAUGUCUUCGCUCAAGAUCUCGGAUGAACUGGGUCUGAUCCUGGGCAGGGCCAAUCUCUUCCUGAGACUGGGUUGCUUACUGUACCGUGACACCGAGUCCGAUAUAUAUGACCAUGCAGAGCAGAUGCUGCAGACCGCCACGUCGAUAUACGAGUCAAUCGGAGCAAGAACGGGCGUAGCGAUGUGCUGUAGGGAGCUCGGGGAGAUGCAUUUGAAAUUGGGCCAUCUCUCCGAAGCCGGAGAUUAUCUUCAAUCCGCAAUGCCGCUUGAUUCGCUCGAGGUUCCUCUGAACAGCGUCCUCCUAUCGAACUCCCUAGGGAACCUCUACUAUCUUCUCGGGAGCUACGAUGAAGCUCAGAAUCAGCUGAACUCCGCUAUCGAGAUAUCUUCGCGGAUACCCUACCCUCUCGGACACGGCGAGGCGUUCUUCUGCCUCGGGAAAGUGCAUCGCGAGCGCGGCGAGCUUCAAGAUGCGCUGCACUGCUUCAGACAAGCAAUCACGAAGUUCAGACAGGCUGAGGACCCUCUGAAGGCAGACUCGGUCGGUUCUGAGAUGGAGAAGCUUAUCGAGAGUCUGCGAGCGGAAGAGGGGUACAAUUCGCCGGUAUCGACGGAGGGCAGUAUGCAUUCGGCCCGCUCACGCUUGUCGAGCGAAGCCAGCGACGACGAAGCCAGUGACGAUGACGGGGACCAUAGUGAGGAUAAUGAGCAGGACGUCAGGGCUAGGGGUGAUGGGGAGGGAGCGAACUCAGUAGCAGAAUCAGAACGCAGCAGCACUGGUGAAGAUGCCGCGGGGAGGGUAUAUCGUAGCGAAUAG